ACUCUCUGUCUGUCUGUCUCAGGUUCGGUUCCCACGUAUGAGACUGACGGCGAUGAAGACGACGUUCCCGACACCCCUGAACCUCCUCCUCCAUAUCCACCACACGGCAUGAGCUCGUCUCCGCUGGCUCCGGUCUGGACUCCUCCGGGCUCCGUGUCUCCCAUGCAGCCUCCCAGCUGUCCUCCUCCCGCUGCUCCUCCCUCUGUGGAGGUGUGGCCCAAGAAGGAGCCGCAGGAUGUGGAGAUGCAGCCGCCGCCCAUGGAGCUGCAGACGCCCACCCCACUGGAGGCCAUGUUCGCCACGCCGGAGACCUGGAUCAGCUCCCUGCCCAUGACGGAUCUGGAGGUGCAGUUCUAUUACCGCGGUAAGGAGGUGUGUCCGCCGGUGAUCGUCAGUAACCCGCAGGGCUGUCGUCUGUUCUACGGCGAUCUGGGGCCCAUCGUCAACCAGGAGGAGCUGUUCGGGCCAAUCAGUCUGGAGCAGGUGCGCUUCCCCUCCACCGAACACAUCACUAACGACAAGCAGCGAGUGUUCACGAGCCGCCUGCUGGACGUCAUGGACCGCGGCCUCAUCCUGGAGGUGAGCGGACACGACAUCUACGCCGUGCGCCUGUGCCAGUGUAAGGUGUACUGGUCCGGCCCGUGUGCACCCAACCCCAACGCUCCCAACCUGAUCGAGCGCCAGCACAGGGUCAAGCUCUUCUGCCUCGAGUCUUUCCUCAGCGUAUCUCCUCUCUAUGACAUUCACCUGUGUUUUGGUGAGGAGUGGCCCGACGGCAGACCGCGAGAACGCAAACUCAUCAUGGUGCAGGUGGUGCCGGUGGUGGCACGGAUGAUCAGCGAGAUGUUUUCUGGCGACUGCACGCGCUCCUUCGACAGCGGCAGCGUCCGGCUGCAGAUCUCCAUCCCCGACAUCAAGGACAACAUCGUGACGCACCUGAAGCAUCUGUACCGGCUCCUGCAGACGCACCAGGGGCAGGAGAACUGGCUCCCGCAGAGACUCUGAGCGCGUUUACUGUGUGGCCCAAGUCUAGCACACCAUUAAUGAUCAGCCACGCACUGACAGAUUUACACAAGCUUUUAUCAGCUCGACUCGCUUCCUGAUGUCUGAGCUUUUAGCUGCGCUCUUGUGCUUUUACUGCAGGUGUGUGUUACGCAAGCAAUCGGGUUUACACACUUUUUUGUGGGCACUUGUAGUUUUUAACCGUACUAUGUGUUUGAUGUCCCAUCAUGUAGAUUUGUGUAUUAAUGUUGAAUGAAUUUAUCAAAUAAAAAGAGAAAAUCACA